AACCAAACCCAAGACCACCAUCUCGCGUCCAUCCACUCUCAGCAUGUCGGGGCAUCAUCACCACCACGAUCAUGGCGGGCAUUGCCAUGGAGAAGACGGACAUGACCAUUCCAAUGAUAUCACCCCCGCCAUCCAGUCCCUCCUGUACUCGCAGAUCCAGUUUGAUUCCAUCACGACAUUGAACGAAGCGGUCCCAAAUUCGGGGGCUGCGAUCGCCCAGAAGACGUGGGCGGACAGACUAAACGACCAACCCGAACUCGAAAGCGACGCGGACGAGCAGCUGCUCAUGUAUAUCCCGUUCACCGGACAAGUCAAGGUCCAUUCGCUCCUCCUCUACACCGCGCCGACCCCAUCUGCCCCCAAAACCCUGAAACUCUUCAAGAACCGGGAUGAUCUGGAUUUCGCCACGGCCUCGGAACUCACGCCUACCCAAACAAUCGAGGUUCCUCAGCCAAUCCCCGGGGCGGAUAUCUUCGAGUUGCCGCUGAACCGGGCUCACUGGAAUACCACCACCUCCGUCACCUUGUUCUUUGAAGACAACUGGAGCGAUGGCGAGGAAGAAGUGACCAGAGUGGGGUACGUCGGGUUCAAGGGUCAAUUCAUGGCUCUGAAUCGGGAGCCGGUCAAUUUUCUCUACGAAGCAGCUGCCAACCCCGGUGAUCAUAAGGCGAUCCAGGGAGUAAACGACGUAGGUGGCAGGAUCAUGCCAGGCCAGUGAUGAUACUUUGGGCCACCGUGACAUUCAGUGGGGGUUUGCAACGAGAAAUAUGAUUCUACUGUUUUCCCUGUAAAAAUGAUCCUUGGAAGCGGAUUAUUAUGUCGAUAAUACGGGUAAGUACACCAAUCAAGCUGAACAAAUGCCACCCAGAAAUAGAGAAGGGAUGAAUGGGAGGGAAGGCCGAUAACUUC